AUGGAUGCCGGCAUUGGGGCGUAUGAUUCUGUUCAAACGGCGUCCGACACAAUGCCCGCGGCGACGACAGCCGAUCUUGCUCGGUUCAACCCCCACCGCGACCUACUCCCUACUCAGGACAGGGUUCUUCGGGAUCUCAUAUAUAUCAAGCACGUACUGGGUGAUCUAAUACCAACCACGUUGCCUGAAGACGAUUAUCAGCUGUAUUCGGACCUGUUGCGCAGUCUAGAGGCUCGCACCGACAUCUCCUGGCGAGUGUACGAAGAGACGAAUAUCGGGAAAACGAUCAUGGCAGCAGCAAACCGCAGGGGUCCAAUUGCGAACGAGCCAUUCUUUAUCGGGGACCGUAUCAAGGCACUUCACAAGCAUUGGCAUGCUCUUGAACUCACAUCAGACAGGCCUGAACGCUGGGAGUCUGCUAGUGAUACCAUGUUCUUGAACCCAAUAAUUCAAGGACGGGCCCUGGGAGGAGGAGGCAAACACCUGGACGCCGCCCAACAAACGUCGAUGUCUGAUUCAGCCAGUGGCCAUUUCAAACUUACCCUGUCUCCCGAACAGGAGGUGGAAGCAACGAGUAUCUACACGAAAUGGCGCAGGAAGCGUGACCAUAGGGUAUCCUACCUCAAGCUCCACCCACCCCAACCUGUGGCCUGGGUGCCGGUUUCUAGAUCCGACGUUGGUGCCAGGAAUGCUUGGGGCACGUUGUUCGACGACGGGACCGUGUCCGCCGGCCGGCGAGUUUCAUAUUCCAGGCUGGUAGGGAACAAGGAAUGGAAACCCAUCUUUUCGUCAAUGGACUGGGCGUACGUCCCGCAUGACUGGGCUGCACCAGGCGAGCAGGCACCGACAGACGAGGAUCUAAAAAAAGACAUUGAAGCUUUGAUUGCAGAGGGGGACAAGAAGGCCGAGAGAAAUACGAAGCAGGUCCUUUACCAACAAGAACUCAAGGCGCAGUUACGACAGCAGGAAGAGAAGAGGGAAUUGUAA